AUGAGCGUGCCGCACCGCACGCCGCUGCGUGAGCCGCUGCAGUCGAACGUCGCUCAGCGGAAGGCUCUUUUGGAGCCUGCAGCGCAGCAAGGCAAGGUGGGUAUGCUGGCCAAGCUGCGCCCCGUACCCCCCAAAGAACAGGAUCAAAACAGCGAGCCGGUGGAAAAGAAUGCGCGCGCGUACCCUCUCCCGACGCGGUCUGCGCGCAGUACCGAGCCGCCUACGAAGGAAAACGGACUGAACGCCAACCCAUUCGUGCAGCGCGCGCGCGCGGAGCGGCAAGAGCCGCCCGCGCGCACCCCGACGCCGCGGGCGAAGGCGAGCGAGACGAGCUUUGCGUCGGCAAAGCGCAUGUUUUCGAACCCGGCCUCGACCGAGUCCUCGGUUAUGGUGCGCUCCAAGUCGAACCGCAAGGACAGCGAGUUCGGCUCGGGUCGCAUCCGCCUUUCGCGCCAGAGCCUCGCGCAGACGGCGCCCAAGGAGGCCGCCCCGCCGCUGCCCGCGACGCGCUGGAUGGAGUCGGAACGCGACAACGUCCAGGCAUACGACUACCUGUGCCACUGCACCGAGGCGCAGCAGUGGAUCGAGCGUUGCAUCGGCGAGUCGCUCGGCGGCGAUAUCGCCAACAUGGGCGAGGAGAUGCGCAACGGCAUUGCCCUCGCCAAGCUCGCAAAGCACUUUGAGCCAGAGUGCGUGCCGCGCAUCUUUGUGCACCCCAAGCUCCAGUUCCGGCACACGGACAACAUCAACUACUACUUUAUGUUUGCGGACAAGAUUCGGCUUCCCAACUGCUUCCGCUUCGAGUUGACGGAUUUGUACGAGAAGAAGAACUUUCCCAAGGUGGUCUACUGCCUGCACGCGCUCAGCCACUUUAUGGCGCACUACGGCCGCUCGGACAAGGUCGACGACCUCGUCGGCAAGCUCGAGUUCAACCCCGAGCAGCUGAACAAGACGCAAAAGAGCCUCGACGCGCAGGGCGGCACCAUGCCGAGCUUCACCGGCGUCGGCCAGGCGCUCGCACAGGAGAUGGGCGCAGGCAGCGCACAGACUGUCGCACGCAAGGCUGACAACGACUGGAUCAAGCCGGAGCGCGCGCCGCGCCCGACGCCCAAGGCCGAGGUCCAGGAGACACACGCGCCCGCCGCGCUCUCCCAGCGCGCGCCGAACCAGCGCGCACAGGACGCCCUGGCGCGCGCGCGUGCCGAGCCGCGCCGCAAGUCGGAUUUGCAGCGCACCAUUCCCAACGAGGUCCGCGAGCGCGCGCAGCAGCUCCAGCGCGAGCGCGAGCGCAAGAAGCAGGAGCAGGCCGAGGAGCGCAAGCGCAAGGACGAGGAGCGCGAGCUCGAGCGCCAGCGCCAGCGCGACGAGCUGCAGCAGGAGCGCCUGCGCCACCAAGAGCAGCGCGAUCAGCGGAUGCGGGCCAUCGAUCGCGAGCUCGAGCAACAGCGUGCCGACCGUGCGCAGCGCGCCGAAAAAGAGCGCCGCGAUCACCGCCUCGAAGACGAGCGCGAGCGCGAACGCGAACGCGAGCGCCGCGAGGACGAGUACCGCCGCGAACGCGAGCGGACACACCGCGAGCUCGCCGCGCAGCGCGCCAACGACGCCGCGCUCGAGCGCGAGCGCGAGCGGGCGGCGCGUGCGGAGCGCUCGGAGAAGGAGCGCAUCGAGCGCCUCGAGCGCCGCGAGCGCGAGCGCGAAGAGCGCCUCGACAAGGAGCGCGAGGAGCGUGCGGCGCGCCUCGCGGCCCUCGAGAAGGAGCGCCUGGCCAGCGAGGCGUUGGAGCGCGCCUCGCGCGAGCAGGAGCACUUCCAGCGCGAGCUCGAGUUUGAGCUGGAGCGCAAGCGCCAGCUCGAGGCGCACGCCGAGGAGCUCGCCAAGGCCCGCGCCGAGACGCAGGCCGCGGAAGAGCGCCUGCGCCGCCUCGCAGACGAGACGGCCGCCCGCGAGCGCCGCGAGCGCGAGCGUGCGCUGCAGCAGUGGUCGCCGGCGCUGGUCGCCGCGUGUUCCGGCGCGCUGGCACGCAACGCGUUUAAGGCCAAGCGCAGCGAGCACGAAGCGCUCGAGACGCUGUAUAUUGCACUCCAGGCGCAGGCGCGUGGCGUGCUUGCGCGCAAGGAGCGCAUGAAAGUCCGCGCGCAGCACGAGGCGCUGCAGUGCGGCCGCACGCUCGUCCACCUGCAGGCCGCGCUGCGUGGCGAGCUCUUCCGCCGCGCGUUUUACCAGCAGUUUAUGGACCUGGAUGAGGCGGAGAGCGGGAUUGUCGCCUUCCAGGCGCACGCACGCGGCGCACUCGAGCGCCGCCGCAUCUUUGGCGUGCUGCUCGCGCUCGAGCGCCGCACCGAGACCUUUGUGCAGGUGCAGGCGUGCGUGCGCACGGUGCUUGCGCAGCAGCGCCUCUUGCAGCGCGUGCAGGCGCUGCGCGGCGACAUGGAUGCCAUUGCCACGUUCCAGGCGCACGCGCGCGGCGCGCUCGCCCGCCGCUCCUACGGCCAGAUGCGCGCGGCGUUCCGCGAGGUGACGGUCGUGCGCUCGGUGAACCAGAUGCAGUCCUCGCUGCGUGCCGCGCUCCUGCGGCGCAAGCACAAGGAACUGCGCAAGGAGAUGGAGUACGUGCAGCCCGACGUGACCGGCGUCCAGGCCGCGAUCCGCGGCAUGCUCGUCCGCCAAGAGUUCCGCUGGUGGGCGCAGCACCUGUACGAGAGCGAGCCGGUGGCGGUGCACCUGCAGGCGCUGGUGCGGGGUACGCUGCUCCGCCGCCGCUUCCGCGCGCGGUGGGGCCACUACUUUGCGCACCGGCGCGACAUUGUCACGGUGCAGAGCGUGGUGCGUGCGCACAUCCAAGGCGCGCACUACCGCGCGCUGCGCUCCGAGCGCCCUCCUCUCGCGGCCGUCAAGGCGUUUGCGCACCUGCUUGAUAAUAGCGACGCCGACUACCGCGACGAGAUCGCCGUGGAGCAGCUGCGCGCCGCGAUUGUGGCGCGCAUCAAGGAGAACAAGGCCACGGAAAACACCGUGUCGGAGCUCGAGACAAAGAACGCGAUCCUCAUCCGCAACAAGAUCGGGAUCGAGGAGGCGGCGAAGGAGCGCACGGAGCGCGGCCUGCUGGGCCACGCGUACCAGCGCAACUCGGUGCUGGCCGAGGCGCGCGACCCCUUCUCCGAGGCGCAGGACCGCACGACGGCGCGCCAGCGCGAGCUGUACUCGGGCCUCUUUUACCUCUUGCAGACGCGGCCCGAGUACCUCGCCAAGCUCCUCGUGCUUACCAACGCCUCGACGACGCUGCCUGACGCGGACCGUGCGCAGUUUGAGCAGACCGUGCUCACGCUCUUUAGCUACGCGCAGCAGCCGCGCGAGGAGUACCUCUUGCUCCGCCUGCUGCAGCGCGCCAUUGGCGAGCAGCUGAGCGGCGUGCCGUCGCUCGACGCGUUUGUCGUGUGCGACGCCGCGUUCCAAAAGCUGCUGGUGCACUACUCGCGGGGCGUGCAAGAAAAGGCGUACCUCGCCAACCUCCUUGCGCCCGUCGUGCAGCACAUGGUCACCGACGCGCAGCUCGACCUGGAGACCGACCCCAGCGUGCUCUACCGCCUGAGCUACGAGCGCGAGGAGGCGGCGACCGGCGUGCGCCCGUCGCGUGCGCCCGACGCCGACUUUGACCAGGCGCUGAACGACCAGGGGACGCGCAACCUGUACAUUCUGCACCUCCAGGCGCUGCGCGCCGCCACGGAGCAGUUCUUUGCUGCGCUGCGCGCCGCGUCGCCGCAGAUGCCGUACAGCAUGCGCUACAUUGCACGCGAGCUCUUCCGCGCGCUUGAGCAGCGCUUUGGCGAGUCGCGCGAGGCGACGCUCCGCGCGGUGUGCGAGGUGAUCUACUACCGCUACAUCCACCCCGCGGUCGUCGCGCCAGAGAGCGUCCUGGACGACACGCCGGUGCUCGAGGCGCGCACGCGCCGCAACCUUGCGGUCGUCUCGCAGAUGCUGCUGCAGCUCGCGCGCGGCGUGCCGUUUGGCGACGACCAGCCGCGUCUGCAGCCGCUGAAUGAGUACGUGCUGCAGACCGCGCCGCGCUUCCAGCGCUGGAUGCAGGGCAUGAUCGACACGUGCGAGGACCCCGAGCUGGAGUUUGGCACGGACGACUACACGGACGCGGCGAGCAGCCACAAGCCACUGAUCUACAUCUCGCCAAACGAGAUCUAUGCAGUGCACCAGCUGCUGUGCAACAACCUGUCGAACCUCGCGACGAGCGCCGACGACCCGCUCGAGACGAUCCUCGCGCAGCUCGGCCCGCCCCCGGUCGCGCCCACGGCCGAGCUCGAGGCGGCGCGCAGCGAAGAGAUCCCGCUCGAGCUUUCGCAGGAGCUUGCCGGGGUGCGCGACCCCGGCGCAGAGGCCAAGGCGCUGUUUGUCGAGACCAAGCGCUUGGUGCUGGCUGUGCUCAAGGUGCAGACCGCGCCGACGCUCCUGACGCUCUUCCUCGCGCCGGUCACCGACGCGGACGAGGCGCGGUGGGACGCAGCGCUCGCCGCGGACGCUGCGCGCCCCCAGGUCGGGACGGAGCUGUGCGACAUGCAGCAGCUCUCCUUUGCCGAGCUCAAGGCGAUGGCCCUCGAGAACCUCGUGCAGCUGGAAAAGAUGGGCAAGGUGCGCCGCAGCGAUGCUUUCCAGGCGAUGCUCGACGCGCUUGCGCUCGACAUCCGCCUGCGCCACCGCCGCCGCCACGCGCGCCGCGCCGAGCAGCAGAUGCUGUCCGGCACGCUGCACAAGCUGCACGAGCGCCACGCCUUUAUGCAGACGCAGAUCGCCGAGUACCAGCGCUAUGCGGACCAGACGAUGAAGACGAUGCAGCGGCGCAGCCACAACUUUACGCUGCCCUUCUCGAAGCAGUACUUCCACGAGCGCAGCCUCAAGGCGGCCAACGCCAUGCCCAAGUUUGGGUCCUACAAGUACCCCGCACGCCGCCUGAUGGACCGCGGCGUGCUGGUCGCGAUCGACGGGCCGUCGAACAUGACCAUCGACCAGGUCUCCCUCACGCUGUCGAGCGACGAGCUCGGCGUGUUCCUCAUCGAGGCCGCCGUCUCGCACGUUCCGGCGGGGACGUGCGCCGUGCGCAUGGAGGAGCUGCUCGAGGCACAGUACAACGGCCACCGCACCAUCGCCGUGCUCGACCAGUCGAUCACGCUCGACGUGAACGCGCUGGUGCAGCUGAUCAACAAGAGUAUGUUCUAUGGCUAA